UUCGCAAGCUAGACGGAUAAAGAAUCCUGUCAAGAAACGGCACCGGAAAAACAGGGUUUCUCUCUGUGAGCAGGAAUUUCAAUAAACCAGAAUAAACCCUGAGGGACAAACUCUCAGAGCUUCCUGCAGCUGCUGGCUUAGCAGCGUUAUUCUUCAUACACUGACAGAUGAAAGAAGCAAUGCCUGAAAAACAUGUCUCACAAAGAAGAUAAUGAAGGGAAAGAGAGCUCUCACCACACUGAAUUGUACAGCAGCAUCCCUCGAACAUGUCUGCCCAUUGUUUACCACCCAGACUACAACAUCACCUUCAUGGGCCUGGAAAAGCUUCACCCGUUUGAUGCAGGGAAGUGGGGGAAAGUCAUUCACUUCUUAAAAGAGGAGCAGUUCAUCACUGAUGGAAACAUCGUGGAAGCCCAAGAGGCUACUGAAGAGGAUCUGCUGGUGGUUCACUCUAAACGCUAUCUCAACAGAUUAAAGUGGUCUCUGGUGGUGGCAACCAUCACAGAAAUCCCUCCUCUCCUGUUUCUGCCUAAUUUCCUGGUGCAGCGGAAAGUGUUGAGGCCUUUGCGGACACAGACUGGAGGAACAAUAAUGGUAUGCAGGAAAAAACUGGCUGUGGAGCGAGGAUGGGCUAUAAAUGUUGGAGGAGGCUUCCAUCACUGCUCCAGCGACAGGGGAGGGGGCUUCUGUGCCUAUGCCGACAUCACUCUGACCAUCAAGUUUCUGUUUGAAAGAUUGGAAGGCAUCUCCAGGGCGACCAUCAUCGAUCUGGAUGCUCAUCAGGGAAAUGGAUAUGAGCGUGAUUUCUUGGACGACAGGCGAGUGUUCAUCAUGGAUGUGUAUAAUCGUUACAUCUAUCCUGGGGAUGGAUAUGCCAAAAGAGCCAUAAAGAGGAAGGUGGAGCUGGACUGGGGCACUGAGGACUCCGAGUACCUGCAGAAAGUAGAGCUCCACUCUGAAGGAGCACUGAAUGAGGUGCGACCCGACAUCAUCAUCUACAAUGCGGGGACAGACAUCUUGGAUGGGGACCCCCUCGGGGGACUCUCCAUAUCACCGCAGGGCAUUGUGAAGAGAGAUGAGAUCGUGUUCAGGGCUGCAAGGCGACGGGGCAUCCCCAUACUCAUGGUGACUUCAGGGGGGUACCAGAAGAAAACGGCCCGCAUCAUCGCUGACUCAAUCCUGAACCUGCAGCGGCAGGGCCUGAUCGGGGCAGAGGCUGUGGAGAGGAAGGGCUCCUCUUCACUGGGGACCAGCAUGAUGCGCAGCAGCUCUGGAUGUGUUGGAUCAACAUUCACUGCUGUCUGACGUAUUCAUCCUCACAGCUGAGACAUGAGGUAAUUUAUAGUGCAGUGACUGUGUUGCAGCAGUGGCAUCACUGUAAGCUCACUUUUGUCACACGCAGAAGUGUUGAUUUGAAAGUCAUGACAGGGGACACCCAGUGUUUGAUUGCACUUAUACAACAACCAGAUAACAACUUUGGUAAAAUCUUACAUCUUAAGUAUUUAAGUUGACUCAAAGGGAAUGUCCUGGAUAAUUGUACAGAAACAAUGGCACUCUCCUGAACACAGCCCAUUUCAGGGGUUCUUAAAUGCCACAAAAGAGUUUUUAACUUUCAUCAGUUGGAGAAUGAUGUUUUUUGUUUGAUAUAUGUCCAUAUGUGCUUUAAAGAGAGGUAUUCCUUUUUUCUCAGGAAAUGUAAUAAUGAAAGAUAAUAUAUUACGAGUCAAUGAUA